UCUCCUUUUCAUGCAGUGUGGUAGUGCCUGCUAGAGAGAGUGAGAGAGAUAGAGAUGGGAAGGGCUCCAUGUUGCUCAAAAGUUGGGCUUCACAGAGGACCAUGGACUGCUAGAGAAGAUGCAUUGCUGACCAGGUAUAUAAAAAUUCACGGAGAAGGCAAUUGGAGAUACCUCCCCCUGAAAGCAGGGCUGUUGAGAUGCGGGAAGAGUUGCAGGCUGAGAUGGAUGAACUACCUAAGGCCGGACAUAAAGAGAGGAAACAUUAGCUCUGAUGAGGAGGAGCUCAUCCUUAAGCUGCACGCUCUUCUCGGCAACAGGUGGUCUCUCAUUGCCGGCAGGCUGCCAGGUCGCACCGACAAUGAAAUCAAGAAUUACUGGAACACCCAUCUCAGCAAAAAGGUUAGGAAUGAAGGAAUAGAUCCCUACACCCCCAAAGCACGCACCCACCUCACCCCUCCUCCUCCUUCUCCGCCUUCCCCACAGCAGAAACUCAUCCACUUAAAGGGGAAAGGCACAGCUUACACCACCAACAACGUUAAGGUCUAUGCUCCUCGGGCGACUAGAGUCAGACCAAGCGUCCUACCACCAUGGAUGCUUGCACAAGCAAAAUCGAAUAGCGAUGAUCUAGAAACUAACGGAGGUGAUCAUGGCUGCUACUCCGUGUCUCCUCCUCCUCCUCUGAUGAAUUCGGUGGAUGGUGGUGGCUGUGGGGACGCAGGGGUGCUCAGUGGGGUCGGCCAUGAAUUGCUUCCAUGGGAGUACUCCGGCGGCCAUGAAGCAAGUCUGGAUGAAGCAAUGGCCGACACGUUUGUCCGGCUUGAGGAGGAGGAGAGCCCUACGGCGGUGGUCGGUGGAGAAGAGCAACAGCUGCAGCACAUGCAACUGCAGGGCACCUGCUUGGAAGAGGAAAGCCUUCUUUUGGAUUCCUUCAUUCGAUCCCUCCUGGAAUGAUCAUCACUUCAGUCUGAUGUACUAAAGCAGAGAAUAAUUCAAACCCGCCCUCUUUUUCCUCAUUUUGUUUUCUCCCCAACUGAAUCUGAGGCUCAAAUCUUUCUCAAUCGAGCACAUUUGUGGAAAAAUGCUGCACAUUCGGUGGCCGCCAUAACUGAGACAAGAAACACACUUUCUGUAUUAAUAAUUAGAAGGGA